AUGAAAAUGAAUGGAUUAGAAGAUGAUUUGAUGUUCAAUUAUGAAAUUUUGGAUGAGAAUUUAACAAAUAUGAAUGAAGAAAAUAAUAAAGAGUUAGUUUUAGAUAAUAUUUAUACUGAAAAGAAUGAAGAUAUUAGUAAAGAGUAUAAAGAAAUAAAGGCUGAUAAUACUUGGGAAUAA